AUUAUAUUUAUGGAGAUACUUACCUUCUUUUCUAAUAACAUGCUACUUACUUUUUCCACCUGUCUAUUUCAAAUCACCUUCCAUAUACCUUUUUUAGUUGAACUCACUGGUUUCUUGCCUAUGUAACAACCUACCUCAGAAAAGGUGCAUUAAUGUGAGACAUAACAACCACAGUAUGCAUAUGCUUUGAAGGAACCUAUCUUUAUAAACCUCAUCAUACAGCUCUCUAAUUCCACUAGAACUCUACAAGGUCAUUCCUAACUUCUCCAUCCUCUUUUUGUACUGUUAAGUACCAAACUAGCACACAAAUACUUCUUCUUUGGUCUUUCGCCGAAAUGGUCAGAAGAAAAUCACACCUUACUUUACUGGUUACAUUUAUUUUUCUUUCAUACCUUGCAAAUACUAGCCAAUUGGUAUUUGCAAAAGAGAAAGACAAUGUAAAAGAUGCUUGCAAAGUAACUAGGUAUCAAAACCUUUGCAAGCGCUCGCUAGCACCGUUCUCUAACAGUGCUGGAAGAAGCCCCAGCAAGUGGGCAAGGGCAGGAGUUUCAGUUACAAUCGGCGAGGUUGAGCAUGUUCAAACAUAUCUGGCAAACUUAAAGAGACACGGGCAUUUAAGAGGAAGAAACAAAGUUGCGCUUUUAGAUUGUGUUGAGACUUUUGCAGAUGCCCUUGAUGAGCUUCAUAGGUCACUGAAUGUGCUCAGAAGACUUAGCAGAAACACAUUUGGUACACAAAUGGGGGACCUUAAUUCAUGGAUAAGUGCAGCACUCACAAAUCAAGAUACUUGCCUCGAUGGAUUUCAAGGCGAAAACGGUAGGAAAAUUAAAUUGCUGCGAAAUAAGGUUGUACAAGUCUAUUAUAUAACCAGUAACGCUCUAGCUCUCGUCAACAAACUUGCCACUACAGGACUAGGAAGCAUUUCUGAUCCAUAGAAGUUAUAAAUAAGAUGUUUCUUCAAGGAGCUAUAAUAAGCUUAUAAGUUGUUAAUAGGUUAGUGAUAGUCCUCUCAGCAAAAGAAAACAAAUGGUGCAGACACUCCAUAUGCAUGCUGCUAGCUAUUUUGAGUCUUCUGCUAUUGGUAUUUCGUAAAUCCUAUAGGUGUUUAUUGUUGAAUAAUUCGUUGUGAUCAAUUUGUACUAUGAUGGUGCUUGCUCUUUGUAAUUAUCAUUCAUGUUAUACAAUCCUAAGCAAGGUUGUUAAAAUUGUACAAUUUCACGAGUCUAAGUAUCAAUUUCAAAUUGACUCGGUUGUUAAUUCAAAUUUUAGUAAACUCGAAAACGAAACCGAGUUUACUCGGCUAGACUCAUAGUGAAUUCAAUAACCGAGUUUAUCUUUUUCCUUCAUCUUCA